CCCAUCUUGGCACAUUAAUUUCAUAGAUGGAGCUUGGCUUUCUUCCGAUUGGAUGCGAAUUUGCUGUCUUAUCGUGUUUGUGACCAGUUUAUCUCAUUAAAAAUUUGGGUAGUUUGCCGUUUGAGUCAACGAUUUGAAACACAAAAAGUAAUAUUGUGAAACAACUAAAAUUCUGGAACAUAACAAUACUCUUUCACCAUAUUAUAAUUUAACACCUUUAUAAAAUGAUUUUUAAUUUUUAACGGCGGAAGUACAUGAGUUGGUCCUGAAUUUUCCGUUGGAUAUCUCCAUUAGUGGCGGACUACCAAAUAGAAUAGCCCACCAAGAGCAGAAAACCUUAAAUGCAUUUUGCUAUCUUGUAAAAGAUACUACUGCAUAGAAAACUGUCUUAGGAAUUCUUUAUCAAGAACUAUAAAGGGAAUAAUUCAACAGUAGGCUGUCUUGUCUUUCACCACAUAAAAUUUUGAUCAAUCCGAAACCGCAGCCGGCCAGCCAAGCAUAACUGCGGAAUAUUCUUGAAGUUGAGCUCUAAACUACAAACACAAUAAACAUAGUGGAAUUUGUAGUUAUAUAUCUCCCAAGGAUCAUAGAACGAAGAAGCAAAGGCAAAAAAUGAGUGAUCGUAAGGUUGUUUUGAUCACCGGUUGUGCAAAAGGCGGCAUUGGCUACGAAUACUGCAAGGCAUUCGCCGAGCAAAACUGUAACGUCUUCGCAUCGGACAUCCCCCAACGGAUGUCAGAUCUUGCUGACCUGCAAGACGAACAAGUAGAGACGCUAGAGCUCGAUGUCUCGUCAGAUGAAAGUGUCGCAAAGGCUGUAGACUUUGUGAUGUCCCGAUGUGGAAAGAUCGAUAUCCUAAUCAACAAUGCCGGGAUAGGAAGCACCGGGCCUUUAGCUGAACUUCCACUUGACGUGAUUAAAAGGGCGUACGAGAUCAAUGCGUUGGGGCAGCUGCGAAUGGUGCAGGGAGUGGUGCCCCACAUGGUGGCGCGAGGAGGUGGAAGCAUAGUCAAUAUAGGGAGUGUUGUUGGCAAAGUACCGACCCCAUGGGCGGGGUCAUAUUGUGCUAGCAAGGGGUAUGUGCAUGCGAUGUCGCAUGCACUUAGAGUCGAGCUCAAGCCAUUUAAUAUCAACGUCGUGUUGGUGUAUCCCGGAGCCAUAAGAUCUAAUCUUGGGAGCAAUAAUAUUGAUAGAUUGAAGGAUUAUGAUUGGAGGAUUUACAAGAAUUUCAGGGACGCUAUAGCAGAGAGAGCCAGGGCAUCGCAGAGUGGUAAGUCCACGGAGGCGACGGUCUUCGCCAGGCAUGUAGCCAGUAGAGUCCUGAGUUCGAGUCCACCGAAAACAAUCACCUCUGGUCACAUGACGGGAUUGUUCAACUUUCUUUCGUGGUCUCCGCUUUGGGUAAGAGAUUUAUUUUUCACGAAACGAUUGAUGAAGUUAAACAAGAUGGUUGUGUAAGGUACGCAUCAGUCCUUCUCUUGAUGUUGUAAUUUGGAUCAUUCUCCAUGUUAUAUGUAUUUUUUCAUUACAAAAAUAAAUGCGCAAUAUUCCGGAAACAUCAAGUAAUAUUUUAUUCAGCAAAUUCA